AGAUAGAGCUUUUUUUUAUAUAAAUAAUCUGUAUUUUUCUAAAUUUUUUUUUUUUUUCAGUAAAAGAUAAUAUUCAAAGAUAAAAAAAACCUCUUCAGAGAUAAAAUUCACUUUAAGAAAAAAGAAAAAUGAUUCGCUCGGUUUUUCGUAACACAUUUCUUCGUAACACAACUACUUUCACCGAAACGGCUGUUAAUAAUGCAGGCCAUUAUCAUAAAUCAAUUUUACCACAAAAUUCGAUGUUCUUACUUACUAGAGCAUUUACUAUCCACGCAUCACGAAUGCAAUCAGCCAAUGCAACCAUAAACGGGAAAGAACCUGAUGUAAUACAUCAAAUUCCUGAAGAUUUGUUUUAUUUGCAUCAUCCAAAACCUGUUCGUCAUGAAAUUCUCGAAUCAAAAACACCUUUAGAUUCUAAGGCCUUAGAAAAUAUUGAUAUCAGCCCAGAUUUACAUCGUCAACCAGUUACUUGGAGUGACAAGAUUGCUUUUUAUACAGUUAGAAUAUUAAGAAUUCCUACCGAUUGGUUCUUUAAGAAGAAAUAUAUUCAUCGUGCUGUUAUGUUAGAAACUGUUGCCGCAGUUCCUGGUAUGGUCGGAGCUACAAUCCGUCAUCUCCGUUCUUUAAGAAAAUUGCAACAUGAUGGCGGUUGGAUUGAUCAUUUACUUCAUGAAGCUGAAAAUGAACGUAUGCACUUGAUGACAUGGAUGCGUAUUUCACAACCUAACUGGUGGGAACGCAGUCUGAUCACUCUCGUGCAAGGUGGAUUUUAUAACAUGUUCUUCAUGUUAUAUUUAAUUAGUCCAAGAACAGCUCAUCGUGUGGUUGGAUAUCUUGAAGAAGAAGCAAUUGUUUCUUACAAUUCUUUCUUAAAAGAAAUCGAUAAUGGAAAUCUUGAAAAUUCCAAAAACGUACCAGAUAUCGCCAUAGAUUAUUGGAAUUUAGAUAAAAAUACAGCUACAUUAAGAGAUGUGGUAUUGGCAGUUAGAGCAGAUGAAGCUACACAUCGUGAUACCAAUCAUCAUUUCGCUGAUAGAAUUUUAGUUGGUCAUGAAGACUUGAGAGAAGAUAUCAAACGUGCAUUUGAGGAUCAUGAUAAAACCAAGAAAAUGGCCGGUCUGACUAAUGAGGCUCCUGAAAAAUGGAAAUGGAGUAAAUAAAAGUGAAAUUACGGUAUACGGCAUAGAUUAUAAUGAACAUUUACCAAAAAAGAAAUUUUAUAAUAAUAGUUAUUAUGAGAAUUUAUCU